UUCUUUCCUUAGAGGAUGACAUGGUUUGCAAUGUCAAGCAAGUGGGCUUUAUCUUAUACCUCUCUUAGUGGCAACUAAUUUUGAUAAACUCCCCCCUCUCUUGAUUUAUCUUUAAAACAUUCUCUGGAAAAUUCUCUCCUUCUUUCUCUCCCUCUCACAUCCUUCUCUCUGUUCAUUUGAUUUGUAUUUCCUAUUACAAAUUCUGGUGAAUAUUUAAAGCAGGACCUAUGUGGCAGAAGCAGCCCAGUAGAUCUUCCUAUAGAGAAUCAAUCAAAGCUCUUGAAGCUGAUAUACAGCAUGCCAAUAACCUUUUAUGUGCUGUGAUUCUGAUUUCCCUUCAGCUGUGGGCAGGGAUGAAUUCAGGAUUCUCUUAUAGGGUGAGUGUCUAACACUCACCUCUGCAUGUGUCUGUUGAACCAACUUGAUUACCAUAAUUUAAAUUAAAUGACUUAGGACAUGGGUUAGGCUUAGGCCAGCCUAGGUUCUUCCCUGACGGGUGUUGUAUUGCAUGCUAAUGAAUUAAUUGGUGUAGAUCAUGGACAUAUUAGUUUUUUCUGGAAGUGUCUGUAAUUCUUCAUUAAAAAAAAAAAAAUAAGCCUGUUCUUGUACCACCUAUUAAUUAUGCUGAGAAUGAUGUCUUUGCCUAGUGGUAGGCUUUUUCUUUCACCUUUAAUCAGUGUUCGAUUCUCAACAUCUAUAGCUAAGGAUGACUAGUUCCCCCCUAACUCUAGUCUUUCCCAGGAUAAAAAAACAUAAAUUUUUUGAAGGGCUUGUUUGGCUUCUAAUUUUUCUUCUUAAAGCUUUAAGCAUAACUAACAUCCCAAUUACUAUCAAAGAUGAUUUAAUUCUAUGCUUUUCUGAAAUCCUGAAACAAUGCAGAAUUGGGUUCUACUUUUACUUUUAUAAAAUCACUCAAAUGUUUCCUUUUUUGGUGAUAAAUAGAACAAUUACAUUCUUUCACCGUUCCUCGCCUUUUGCUGGGGGUUUUCCAAUUUAACAUUUAUUUUGAUCCUUGAGAUUCUUCCUAUUGAUUUUGUUUCCAGGGCAGCUUCACUUCCAAGGGACUAUUGUGGGGAUAGUGUUCAGAUGAGACUAUCUUACAGUCCUUUGGCUCCCUUUCUCAUUUAUUUGAUAGAAUGGAUGGAUUUUAGUUGUACAGAUGCCCUCCCUAAUUUUUUGGGUUUGCAUCAUAUUUUAGUAUACAAGGUAUAUGUUGAUGGAAUGCCAACUAUGUCUUCCCAAGAGAAGAAAGCCUCUUUAAGGGAAUUCUAUGCUGUGAUAUACCCAUCACUCAAGCAGUUAGAAGGCAAUCUAAUUGAAUUGGAAGAAGAAAGUAAAAAAAGUAGGAGCUCAGAUAGUUUGAGCAUAAAAAAAUUAGAUGACAAGAGGAAAGGCGUCAAUAAGGAUUUAGAGAUAGAUGAUGAGUGUGGCAUUUGUAUGGAACCUGACACCAACAUUGUAUUGCCCACCUGUGGACAUGCCUUGUGCAUCCGUUGCUUUCAUGAUUGGAAUGCAAGAUCAAGAUCGUGUCCAUUCUGUCGUGGAAGCCUAAAGAGGGUUAACUCUAAAGACCUGUGGGUUCUAACAAACAACCAUGAAAUUGUCGAUUCCAUCACGAUUGCAAGAGAGAACCUGACCCGUUUCCGCUUGUACAUCGAAAGUCUUCCACCUGCAAUACCAGACACCCAUACGUUGGUGUAUGAUUACAUGAUAUGAACUUGAGCUGACGAUAAACUCUGGUGUAGGAACAACAACAGUCAAGGAAGUACUAAAGAAGCCGACCAUUGAUUGUAUAUAGUGUCUGGUUCCACGGUCACCUUUAGGCUGUAAUAAUGGAUCAACAAUAGUUACAUUCGUCACCAGAUAGUUCUGUGUUUUAACCUUCAGAGGAAGUUUCUUCAAAUUGUUGAAGAUUACCAGCAAAAAAUAAGAAUGCUUCGUGAUUGAGGCUUCUGUAACUUAACUUAGAAGUACAGGUAUACUUUGACAUGAAACCCAGGCGUUUUAGAAUCUGGGAUGGAAUCGUCAAGCUGUUGAAUUGUGAAUUUUCUGGGUUUUGCCCCAUUAAUAAUUUGAUCAAUUUCUAUUGGGAUUGCCCUUCUA